UUUAAAUGCCGUUAGAAGAAGACAAAAAGUAGCACUCUUCUCUUCACUUUACACAUUUUCAUUCCUUCUUUCAUAUUCACGCAACCACAACAUCUCCGUUACCGUUGUGAUCAACCCAGAACGAUGUCGUUUCGGUCGGAGAAUCAGAACCCAAACCCUACAACUCCCACUCCGCCAUUGAAGAAGCGUUGGUCAGACUUAUGGACCAAAUCCAAACCCAUAAACCAAAUGGUCAUGGCAAUGAAGCUUCGCUCUCUCUCUCCUCGCCGCGCAGCCAAAGCCAACGCCACUCUCUCUCCUUUCCCCGCCGUCGCCAUCGCCGACAGAACCCUUCUGCUCUCCGACCAGAUUCUCCUCAAAAUCCUCGCACUCGUCUCCGACUCACCCGCUCAGCGAAACUCCAAUUCUCUUGUCUGCAAGCGCUGGCUCAAUCUCCAAGGCCGUCUUCUCCGCUCCCUCAUAAUCUCCGACUGGAACUUCCUCCUCUCCGGCAGGCUCAUCCACCGCUUCCCCAAUCUCAACCACGUCGACUUGCUCUCCGCCGCCUUCAUUUCACCUCGCAAUUCCGCCAUUCUCCUCAGCCACCGCGUCCUCUCCGUGCACCUUCAUUCUGACCUCGCCCCCAAUUGGUGCUUCUGUGAGGAAAACAUGCUACCCGUCGAAGUCAUCGACAACGGACUCGCCACCCUCGCCGCCGGCUGUCCAAACUUGCGCCGCCUCCACGUCAUCGGCGCUAGCCAGAUGGGGCUGCUGAGCGUCGCGGAGGAGUGUCCCACUCUGCAGGAACUCGAACUGCAGUGCUGCAGCGACAACGUUCUGCGCGGGAUUGCGGCCUGUGCGAAUCUUCAGAUUCUGAAGCUCGUUGGGCAUGUUGAUGGGCUCUACAGUUCGGUGGUUUCUGAUAUCGGGUUGACAAUUCUGGCGCAAGGGUGCAAGAGGCUGGUGAGGUUGGAGCUUGGUGGGUGCGAAGGAAGUUUUGAUGGGAUUAAGGCCAUUGGGAAGUGUUGUUUAAUGUUGGAGGAGUUGACGUUUUCUGAUCAUAAGAUGGAUGAUGGAUGGCUUGCUGCCAUCCCGUUUUGUGAGAAUUUAAAGACUUUGAGGUUUCAGUCUUGUAAGAGGAUUGAUCCCAAUCCUGGAAUGGAGGAGUAUUUGGGUUCUUGCUCUGCUCUUGAAAGGUUGCAUUUGCAGAAAUGUCAGCUUCGGGAUAAGAAGGGCGUUUCGGCUCUGUUUUCUGUGUGCAGGGCUGUCAGGGAGAUUGUUCUUCAGGACUGUUGGGGAUUGGAUAAUAGCAUCUUCUCUUUUGCAAUGAUGUGCAGGCGGGUAAAGUUGUUUUACUUGGAAGGAUGCUCAUUACUAACGACAGAAGGUUUGGAGCAUGUAAUUCAUUCAUGGAAGGAGCUUCAGAGCCUUAGAGUAGUGUCAUGUAAGAAUAUAAAGGAGUGUGAGAUCUCUACUGCGCUGGCAACCCUGUUUACCAGUCUCAAGGAGUUGAGAUGGAGCCCUGAUACCAAAUCACUUCUUCAAUCCAGUGUUACAGGGAUAACCAUGGCAAAAAAAGGUGGUAAAUUUUUCAAAAGGGCACGAUAACUGAAUCUUGAAUCUAGGUCAUUAUAUUAGAAUCAUAUUAUUUUCACUAACACUAGUGAAAAUUGUACCAAAUUAUGUGUAUUCACUUUUAUAACGGUUAACUUAGAUGUUGACAGGGCAAA